UGCAGCGUACGCGCACUCAUCCAUCAUCCAAUUCCACUGAACGCAGCAGUGAGUGCACCGCUCAUCAGCGCGCUGAACAGGCUGCGCUCUUCUUUGUGCGUCAGUCCUCCUGCAAGAACAGAUUUCGCAUUAUCUCUGGCCACGGAUUCAGCGCCAGUAGGCUACUUUUGGAUACAUCAAUUACUCAAAACUAUCUACAUAUGAUUUACACAAUUUUGUAUUGCUGAGGUAUUUCAAAGAGAAAUGUAAUAUAUACUAUAUUGCCUAUUUGAAAUGUUAGACAUAACUGUUAUGUGGCAAUGACCGUCACCACUUUGGCGCACAAGAUACCACUGUGCGCAAUGGGAGGACAGGUGUAUUAUAAGUUAAGUGGAAGCCACAGGGCAGAAUGCUGCCUUCCAUUAGAUGUUCAGUGAUGGCCAGAAGUGGAAGUCGGAAUACUCUUUGCUGAAAUGACACCAUUCCAAAAUGGAUCUAAUGUGACGUUAAAGUUUCCAAAUAAAGGUGGGAUGUGACACUAGUGUCUCCAACUCAACCCCUGAAACAGAUCCAACCCAGCCCUCCUCCCUGUCAGUAUGGAUCUCUGGCCUCUCCUCCCGUCAUCCCCCAACCUCUCCCUCCCCGAGCCCCUGUACUAUGACAGCUACUUCCCAGGGAACGAGUCCGACCUGAGGUCCCGGAAUGACACUCCGGACAAGACCCAACAGCUCUUCGAUAAGACCAGCUCCGUGGUCAUUACCUUUGUCUACUUCAUGGUCUGCGCCGUGGGGCUGACCGGCAACACCUUGGUGAUCUAUGUCAUCCUGCGCUAUGCCAAGAUGAAAACAGUCACUAACAUUUACAUCCUGAACCUGGCUGUGGCUGACGUCCUCUGUAUGCUGAGUCUACCCUUCAUCGCCAUGCAGCUGGCCCUGGUCCACUGGCCCUUCGGCGCCGUGCUCUGCCGCCUGGUCAUGACCGUGGACUCCCUCAACCAGUUCACCAGCAUCUUCUGCCUCACGGUCAUGAGCAUCGACCGCUACCUGGCCGUGGUCCACCCCAUAAAGUCCACCAAGUGGCGGAAGCCACGCGUGGCUAAGAUCAUCAACCUUACCGUGUGGGGAGUGUCCCUGCUGGUCAACCUGCCAAUCAUGAUCUUCAGCGGUCUGAUGCCCAAUAAGAACCAGGCGUGGGUGUGUACCAUUGUGUGGCCGGAGCCUCAGGAGGCCUAUCAGACGGCCUUCAUGUUCUACACCUUUAUCCUGGGCUUCUUCCUGCCGCUCACCGUCAUCUGCCUCUGUUACCUGCUCAUCAUCGUCAAGGUGAAGUCGUCAGGCAUGCGCGUGGGUUCAACUAAGCAUAAGCGCUCGGAGAGGAAGGUGACCAGGAUGGUGUCCAUCGUAGUUGCCAUGUUCGUACUCUGCUGGCUGCCUUUCUACGUGUUCAAUGUCACCUCAGUGACGGGCACCAUCGACACCACGCCUGUCCUCAAGAGUACCUUUGAGUUUGUGGUGGUGCUGGGCUAUGCCAACAGUUGUGCCAACCCCAUCCUGUAUGCCUUCCUGUCGGACAACUUCAAGAAGAGCUUUCAGAACGUUCUGUGCUUGAAGAAGGUGGUGGGCCUGGAUGAGGUGGAGCGCAGCGACAGCCGCAUGGACCGGACGCGCAUGGUCAAAGACGUCACCGCAGAAACGCACAACGCUGCGCUGCUCAACGGCGAGCUGCAGACCAGCAUAUGAGUGUUUGCCAGAGUGUGUGAGGGAGUGUGUGAGACAGUGUGUGUGUGCGUGCUUGCAUGUGUACAUGCGUGUGUGCGGGUAUGAAAUCACCAUAGUACUCGGUUCAUCUGAGGUGGCUGUGGGGCUGAUUGUGUGUAUCGUCUCCAUGAGCAGAUGGAUGGUCCAAUGCCCACUACCAGAGUGCAUGUGGACGAGUUAGAUGGACUAGUCAUGUUAACAUCACUCUUCUAUAAACUCCUGGACUGUGGCCCAAGCACCAAGGGGGUCUAUACUGUCCAUUACAACAGACCUGCCAAGAUACCGUCUUGGAAAACAGACAAAAAGAUUGAAUUGAAGAAGAUGAAAAAGAUGUCUUUCAUGUUUCAUUGACAUGGAUUGAUUCAUACUGUCUUGAGAGCAGGAUAUGAUAAAGCAUCUUAUUUAUUGAUACGGAAGAUGUUACUCACCAAGUCAGAUACCGUCUGACUGAAGCUGGAGACUUUAGAAUUUUGCAUCCAGGAUCAUUGAUUUGAGGAAGGUUGGAAAUCCUAUCUGACUGCCUUCGUGAAGCUUCUCUGACUUCAAACAAGACAAUCUCGUCUUGAUGUAUAUACAGUGCCUUCAGAAAGUAUUCACACCCCUUGACUUAUUCCACAUUUUGUUGUAUUACA